GGGUGAAAACUGUUUGACUUUGACCCUUCAGAAUCAGAAACCAAAAAUCCUUCAAUUCCAGAGAGAAAAAAAAAAAAAAUUCAUAAUAGCAAUGAAUGAAAAAACUGACCCAACUACUACAACUUUGAAAACAGACAGAGAGAGAGAGACGUAUACCGAAGUCUUUUCCAUUCCCCCGAAAAUCCCCAAAACAUAUCCUUCCUCUUCUCUGCUCUUCAUUAUUCUUCAUUAUCCAACCUCUCUCUCUCUCUCUCUCUCUCUCUCUCUGUGCUAAUAUCCCCUUAAAAACCCUCAAUUUUUCUGUAACAAAUAAUUGGGAUUUUGUUUUUACGUGUAUGCUAUUUUUACGUACCUAUCAAAUUUUUUUUUUUUUAAUUUGGUUCCAAUUCGAAACUAUUUAUUGGUUUGUAAAUUUGUUCAUUUUUUAAGAGGAGUUGUAAUCUAUCUCGGAAAGGAAUUCCUUAAUCUCUUCUGUUCUAUUUAUUAUUAUUAAUUUUUUUUUUUGAAAAGCCUUUCUAAACUGGGUUUUGUUUAGACUUGUUUUCCGAAAUCUAUUUUGAUUUGUUUGUGUUUUUUUGCAAAACCCAUAAAAUUUAUAGGACCAGGAUUUAAAGACUAUAGCCUUUUUGGGUGGUUUGGUCCCAAUUAGGAGUUUGUUUUGUGUGUUUAUUACGUAAUUUGGGCGUAUUUAUUCUAGCAAAAUCGAGGCUGAUGGAUACGCUUGUGACGUGAAAUUUGUGAACCGAGUUCAAGGCUUUUUCUGUUUCCGAUUUAAUUUUCUCUGAGGGACAGCCUGGUGUUAUGCUUAAAGCAGAAAUUGGAGAAUCGGGGAUUCUAGUGAUUGGGGUUUUCAUUGCCUUUGUUUUUUGGACUAUUGGGACUAUUAUGAGGAAUAGUAGUGAUGGGCAGCAUCAGCAGAAGAAGAAUUCGCAGGGGCGACCGAACAGUGGGUUUUUACCAAGCUCGUUUCGGACGAUUUCGAGCUAUUUGAGGAUUGUUUCGUCUGGGGCGUCUACGGUGGCCAAGUCAGCUGCCUCUGUCGCUCAAUCCAUUGUGGAUAAAGAUGUUGAUGGUAACAAUGAUCAGGUCCAUUGGGCUGGGUUUGACAAGUUAGAAGAUGAGGGUGAUGUGAUUCGGCGAGUUCUUCUGUUGGGAUAUCGGUCUGGUUUCCAGGUUUGGGAUGUUGAGGAAGCUGAUAACGUUCGUGACCUUGUUUCUAGGCACGAUGGCCCUGUUUCGUUUAUGCAAAUGCUGCCAAAACCAAUAGCAUCAAAGAGGUCAGCGGACAAUUUUGCAGACAGCCGACCUCUUCUGGUAGUUUGUACUGAUGGGACCCUUUCUGGAGCUAGCACCGUUCAAGAUGGGUUAGCUAAACUACACAAUGGGGGCACCACUAGCCACCAUGAUCUGCAUGAUGGUAGUUUCAUGCCCACCAUUGUUCGGUUUUAUUCCCUGAGAUCACAAUCUUACAUUCAUACGCUGAAGCUCAGAUCAGUUGUUUAUUCUGUGAGGUGCAGCUCUCGAAUUGUUGCUAUUUCUCAAGCAACUCAGAUACACUGUUUUGAUGCCACAACAUUGGAGAGAGAAUAUACUAUUCUUACAAAUCCUAUAGUCACAGGUUAUCCUGGUUCUGGAGGUACAGGCUAUGGUCCUCUUGCAGUUGGUCCCAGAUGGCUGGCUUACAGUGGAAGUCCAGUUGCAGUCUCCAAUUCUGGACGUGUAAGCCCGCAGCAUCUAACACCUUCUGAAAGUUUUUCUGGUUUCAAUUCAAAUGGGAGUUUGGUUGCACAUUAUGCAAAAGAAUCGAGCAAGCAACUUGCUGCUGGAAUUGUGACACUAGGUGACAUGGGAUAUAAGAAGUUGUCCAGGUAUUGCUCAGUGCUUCUACCUGAUUCCAAUGGUUCCCUUCAAUCAGGGAGUCCUGGCUGUAAAGUCAAUGGUACUGUUAAUGGCCAUUUUCCUGAUGCAGAUAACGUAGGAAUGGUCGUUGUCAGGGAUAUUGUCAGUAAGUGUGUCAUUGCCCAAUUUAGAGCACACAGAAGUCCUAUUUCAGCGUUGUGCUUCGAUCCUAGUGGGACCCUUUUAGUUACUGCCUCAGUUCAUGGCCAUAACAUAAAUGUUUUCAAAAUAAUGCCUGGACUCUCAGGAAGCUCUUUCAUGGUUGAUGCUGGUACAUCUUAUGCACAUCUUUACAGGCUGCAGCGUGGAUUUACCAAUGUUGUUAUACAGGACAUCAGUUUCAGUAAUGACAGCAACUGGAUUAUGAUAAGUUCCUCGAGGGGGACCAGCCAUUUAUUUGCUAUUAAUCCCUUUGGAGGAUCAGUGAACUUUCAGACUUCAGAUGCUAGUUACAAUGCUAAAAAUAGCGUAUUAGGUGUAAUGACCAAGCCAGCUGUUCGUUGGCCGCCUAACUUAGGCUUACAAAUGCACAAUCAACAGACCAUUUGCGCACCUGGUCCCCCAGUUACACUCUCUGUUGUCAGCAGAAUAAGGAAUGGAAAUAAUGGCUGGAGAGGUACAGUAACUGGUGCUGCAGCGGCUGCUACGGGAAGGUUGGGUUCCCUUUCAGGUGCUAUUGCUUCAUCUUUUCAUUACUCCAAAGGUAACAAUGUUUUAUAUGUGGAUGGCACCACAUUGAAGACAAAGUACAACCUUCUUGUUUUCUCUCCUUCGGGCUGUAUGAUACAAUAUUUGUUGCAAAUAUCAGCGGGUAUAGAUUCAACGACUGUUGUGUCUGGAUUAGCGACAGCUCAUGAAUCUAUUCCAGAAAGUGAUGGAAGGUUAGUAGUUGAGGCAAUUCAGAAGUGGAAUAUUUGUCAGAAACAAAACCGAAGAGAGCAAGAGGAUAAUGUUGACAUAUACGGUGAGAAUGGAACUUCAGACAGCAAUAAGAUAUAUCCUGAAGGCAAAAAGAAAGGAGAUUUUGUUCAUCCUGAAGGUAGGGUUGCAGCUACAGAAGCGAAGAUCAGCCUUGAGGAAAAGCAUAAUUUGUAUAUUUCAGAAGCUGAACUACAAACACAUCAACCUUGUAUUCCAUUAUGGGAAAAACCUGAGAUAUACUUUCAAUUAAUGACAGCAGAGGAGAUAAAAAUGGAUAGGGAAACUGCAUUAGGAGGAGAAAUUGAUGUUGAAAGGAUUCCAACUCGUAUGAUUGAAGCAAGGUCAAAGAAUUUAGUUCCAGUAUUUGACUACCUUCAACAUGCAAGGGUCCCUGCCUUAGAUAGUAACAUUAAUGGGCGUCUGCACCAUCAAAGGUCUGUGCUGUCUGAAAAUAGCAGGCUUUCAUGUAGGAAAAGUGCAGGCUGUCUUGACUCCAUGGCUGAUUGUGCUACUGCAGCUGCCUCACAUCAGAAUGGGGUUGAAGAAACUGGGAGGAAUGGUCCUAGGAUGCCAGUAGUAGCUGCGGGCUUUGUACAUAUUAGUAACCGCCCUAAAACAGAUGCUUGGCUCGAGAAUGUAAAUAAUAGAGACAGCUUAAGAACAGAAGCUCAGCUCAAGUUUGUAAAUAGUAACAAUGCGGGCUCAAAAGUGGAAAAUCAUUUUGAAGAUGAGGGUGAUAAGUUUGAUUAGAGGUGUGCAGCUAUUCUUUUAUUCUGCUGGAAGGUUCAUUAACCAUGUUAAUAUUUAUGGAUGGAAUUGCAAGCGAGUGAGAGGCUCAGAGGCUUGACUGUGAAGCGGAAAUGUGGAUGCUAUAUUUGUUGGGGUUCCAGUCUUCUGUUGACGUUGUAGAUAACAGGCAUAUAUUCACAAUAAUCAGUUGUAAUAUGUAAAUAAACAUAGCAUAACUUAUAUAACUCCUGGUCACUUUUUCUUAUUCUAUUAAAUUAAUUGCAAAUUUCAUGUGUUACAA